ACGAUAAAAGUGUAUUUGUUCGUGAAAUUUCACAUGAGUUAGAAGUUUUAGAUCUUCAUAAACUUCUUACACCUGUCGUAAUACGAAUUAAUAAAAAUAAUUCCAAUGCAAAUGAACUUGCAGGAUAUUAUGCAUAUCAACCAAAAAAGGAUGAAACAAUAUGGGUACCUUUGCUGCCGAGAUAUACAAUUUAUACAAAAAUUAGUAAUAACUUUUUUAAACUUUCGAUUAUAAAUAUCAAUAAUCAAUUAAAUUAUCGAUGGUAUUUUUAUGCAAAUGAUGAAAGUUUUAAAAUAUUAAAAAUAGCUAACAUUCAAUUCUUACAAGAAAUAAUAUCACAAAAAUAUUCAAAUAUUUUUAAUUGUUAUUCACAAACCAUAAAAGUGUUUAAUUCUGAAAAAGCACUAAAAAAUUCUCUUACCCGUAUAAAAUUUCAAUUACAAUCAGCUAUAGAAACAGAAGAAAUUCCUAUAAAAAAAGGUAUAGUUCUUAAUAAAUAUGGAAAACAUCUAUCACCUCAAAAAACUCAAACCUUAAUUGUUAAAUAUAACACAGUUAAUAAUGAAUUAAACCAAGCCAAAAAAACUAUUAAAAGAUUAACAGAAAAAAUUACCAACUUAACAAAUUUACUAAAUCAAGAUACAGAUUUAUCUCAUAAUGAAACAUUAUAUAAAACAGUUGAUGAUCUAAUUGAAAAAUGA